AUGACCAGGGCCAACCACAGCCCUCUCUAUACAUUGGAUCCAGAGAUUGGCAGAACCAGGAAAGGGAUCAAGAAAGAAAGAAUCCAGAGUAGAUUUGAAGGCACAGGAUCAGUCCUGGAAGUGUCAGAUUCAUCAGAAACUGAGGAGAUGGAUACUGGGACUAGAGAAAGAACAUUGAAGGAGUUAGCCAAUCAAGACAUUGGGUAUCAGCCCCUGUGCAUCCAAGUUCCUCACGUCCAAGGAGCCCCCAACUUUGAUUUAAGGUCUGGAUUCAUCCAACUACUUCCCAAAUUCCAUGGGUCAGCAGGGGAGGACCCUCACAAGCACAUAAUGGAGUUCACUGUGAUCUGCUCAACCAUGAGACCGCUGGACGUACCUGAGGAGAUUGUUAAAAUGAAAGCCUUCCCAUUUUCCCUACAGGAUGCUGCCAAGGAGUGGCUGUUUUCACAGCAUAUACCUAUAACCAGUUGGGGAGACAUGAAGAGAAAAUUUCUGGAACGAUUUUUUCCAGCAUCGAGAACAGCAGCAGUGAGAAAGGAGAUCAGUGGCAUCAGGCAGCUGCCUGGAGAGAACCUGUUUGAGUAUUGGGAACGCUUUAAUAGACUGUGUUCCACCUGCCCCAACCACCAAAUCAAUGAAGAGCUGCUGCUGCAGUACUUUUAUGAAGGGUUGCUGCCUCAAGAAAGAAACAUGAUAGAUGCAACAAGUGGAGGCACUCUCAUGGAUAAGACACCUUCUGCAGCAAGGAGUUUAAUUGCAAACAUGGCUGAAAACUAUCAACAGACAUACACAAGAGGUGGCAGCAGCAAAGGAGUCCAUGAGAUUCAGCUGAAUGCAAUCUCUGAUGCAGUGAGGAACAACAUUUUCAAUGAAAACAACAUGCUGCUGGGGAAUAAGAUACUGGAGCUGAUUGAAUUAAUGAGGCAAAUGGCUCUUGGCGGCCAGGUAAAUGCAGUUAGGAGAUACUGUGGGCUGUGUGCAUCAGACCAACACUUCAGUGACCAAUGUUCUCAACUUCAAGACACCACUGGAGCUGAAUCAGUGGCAGCUGCAUUCCAGAACCAACAAGGCAACUUUAGACAGAAUAAUCAGCCAUGGCAGACCCACAAUCAGCCACAACAUUACAACCAUGCUUCUAGCUCACAACAUCAGGGGUGGAGAAAUAUGAUGAAUCCAAGAUAUGAGCCUCCUCCAUAUAAUCAACAGAGUGGACAACAGCCAAAUGGGUUGAUCCAGAACAUGAACCAGUAUACACAACAAAAUAGGCAGAAUGCAUCAUAUGGAGGGCAGAACCAGCAGUAUAGGCAGAUUCAACAACAAAUACAACCCAAAAUGGACCCAACUCUGGAGGCAACAAUAAAUGAUUUGAAGAUGCAAAUUGGGCAGCUGGCUCAUGCAGUGAACGAAUUGGUGAACAUGAAAUCAAGAGGCAUACCUGCACAGCCCUUGGUCAACCUAAAAGGAGAAAGCAGCUCAUAG